AUGGAAUUGAAGAGGAACAAUAACGCAUUGACCUCAGAAAGGUCAUCUUCUCGAACCAGAUCCACAAGGAGCUACAAAAAUGUCCCAAAAAAUUCCACUUCACUCCUUUCGCGUUUAUCUAUUCUGAUAUUUGUCUUAUCAUGUGCUGUUCUUGCGGCAGCUAAUAGACCAAGAACGAAUGGCUUUGUGUCACCUACUUUAAUAGGAUUGGGCGAAUUAACCAUUCAAGAAUCAGAAGAAUUCAAAAGAAUGGCUUGGAAUAAUUGGAUGUUGCGAUUGGAGUCCGACUGGAAACAUUUUAACGAUUCUGUUGGAGAAGCCAGAACAAAAUGGCUUCAGGAAAGAGACACAGCUUGGUCUGAUUGGCUUCGAUCUUUGCAAAGUGAAUGGUCUCACUAUAGUGAAAAAAUGCUUAAAGAUCACAAAAGUAAUGUUAUGGAAAUAUCAGCCAAUUGGAAUGACGCGCAAUGGGGAAAUUGGAUAAAUACUGAAGGAAGAAAAAUUCUAGAAGCCCAAUGGGAAAUAUGGAUUAAAAAAGCUGAUAAUGAAUUACAAAAAUUAAUUUUAGAUAAAUGGAUUCAAUGGAAAAAUGAUAAGAUCCGAUCCUGGUUAUCCAGUGAAUGGAAAACCGAAGAAGAUUACUACUGGGCAAAUAUACAGCGCUCUUCAACGGCAAAAUGGUUACAAGAAGCAGAGAGACACAAUUGGCUUAGAUGGAGAGAAAGAAUUAACAGAGAGUCUGAACAAUGGGUGAACUGGGUCCAAAUGAAAGAAAGCGUUUACAUCAAUGAAGAAUGGAAAAAAUGGCCCAAAUGGAAAAAUGACAAAAAAAUUCUAUUUAACAAAUGGUCAACUAACCUUGUCUACAAAUGGACACUGAAAAAGCAGUGGAACGUUUGGAUUAAAGAAGCUAAUAAUAAAAACACAGUUUAG